UUAGAAUUAUCGGUUUGUUCGAUUAUAAAUGUUUUCUUUAUCAAACCUGUAAACGCCCGAGGUAAUUUGUACAGUUGUUAAUUGGUGAUUGUCACAGAAAAUGUCGGUUCACGAGUCUUCGAACGAAAUAAAUGACGAGCCUAUGGACACCGAUUCCAACAUCCCGGAGUCUUCCGGGAACGAUCCCUCAAUGGAAGUGGACGAUGAACCGGAAUCGUCCGACGCCGCCGAUUCCUUCAAGAGAUUUGAAAGAUUGUUACAAAAAACGGAAAACUUCUCACAUUGUUUAUCAUCUGGAGAUGCGAAAUUAGCAACUGGAGCCCCAGUUGACACCAAAAAGCGUGGACGCCCCUCGAAGAAAAACGGAAUAGACGGAGAUCAUCGACACAGAAAAACUGAGCAAGAAGAAGAUGAAGAAAUGGUGGCCGAUGCUAUUAAAAGUGAUGAUUUGGUGAUUUUCGACAAAAGUCCGUUUUACAUCGAGAAUGGAGAAAUGAGAGAUUACCAAGUUCGUGGACUCAACUGGCUCGCAUCCCUUCAACAUAAUAAAAUCAAUGGAAUUUUAGCUGACGAAAUGGGACUCGGAAAAACACUCCAAACGAUUUCUAUGAUAGGAUACAUGAAACAUUACAAAAACAAGGCGUCUCCACAUCUUGUCAUUGUUCCAAAAUCCACUCUUCAGAACUGGGCUAACGAGUUCAAAAAGUGGUGCCCAUCGAUUAAUGCGGUUGUUCUGAUUGGAGAUGAAGCAGCGAGAAAUCAAGUUCUGCGCGAUGUUAUUCUUCCACAAAAAUUCGAUGUUUGCUGCACAACCUAUGAAAUGAUGCUGAAGGUCAAAACUCAAUUGAAAAAGUUGAAUUGGAGAUAUAUCAUUAUUGAUGAAGCACAUCGUAUCAAGAAUGAGAAAAGCAAACUUUCUGAAACAGUUCGAGAACUCAACUCUGAGAAUCGAUUGUUGAUAACAGGAACUCCACUGCAGAACAACUUGCACGAGCUGUGGGCUCUUUUGAAUUUCUUGCUGCCUGACAUUUUCACCUCUUCUGAUGAUUUUGAUUCCUGGUUUUCUAAUGAUGCAAUGAGCGGAAAUACUGAUCUGGUGCAACGGCUUCAUAAGGUUCUUCAACCAUUCCUUCUUCGUCGUAUCAAGUCUGAUGUUGAGAAAUCUUUGUUACCAAAGAAAGAAGUGAAAGUGUAUGUUGGAUUAUCGAAAAUGCAAAGAGAAUGGUACACGAAGGUUCUCAUGAAAGAUAUCGAUAUUAUCAAUGGAGCCGGUAAAGUCGAGAAGGCUAGGCUUAUGAAUAUUCUUAUGCAUCUCCGAAAAUGUGUCAACCAUCCUUAUCUCUUCGACGGUGCUGAACCGGGACCACCCUUCACCACAGAUCAACAUCUUGUCGAUAAUUCUGGAAAGAUGGUUGUUCUCGAUAAAUUGCUAAUGAAGUUUAAAGAACAAGGAUCUCGAGUUCUUAUCUUCUCUCAGUUCUCCCGAAUGCUCGAUUUACUUGAAGAUUUUUGCUGGUGGCGUCAUUAUGAGUACUGCCGUCUGGAUGGAUCAACUCCUCACGAGGAUCGAUCUAACGCAAUUGAGGCAUACAACGCUCCAGACUCGAAAAAGUUCAUUUUCAUGCUUACUACUCGCGCUGGAGGUCUUGGAAUCAACUUGGCUACCGCUGACGUUGUGAUCAUCUACGACUCUGAUUGGAAUCCACAAUCAGAUCUUCAGGCAAUGGACAGAGCUCAUCGUAUCGGUCAAAAGAAACAAGUUCGUGUGUUCCGACUGAUCACAGAGAAUACAGUCGAUGAAAGAAUUAUCGAAAAGGCUGAAGCCAAGCUUCGCCUUGACAAUAUAGUUAUUCAACAAGGUCGUAUGUCGGAAGCCCAGAAAACUCUUGGAAAGGGUGAUAUGAUCAGCAUGAUCAGACACGGAGCCGAACAAGUCUUUGCUGCCAAGGAUUCAACAAUUAGUGAUGACGAUAUUGAUACAAUUCUUGAAAAAGCUGAAGUAAAGACUGCUGAAUUGAAUGAGAAAAUGGGCAAGAUUGAUGAGAACAAUCUUCGUAACAUGACGUUCGAGGAUAACGCUAAAUUCACAGUAUAUCAGUUCGAAGGUGAAAAUUAUAAAGCAAAGCAAGCCGACGGAAUGGGUCAUUUCUGGAUUGAACCACCAAAGAGAGAACGAAAGGCCAAUUAUCAGGUAGAUCUUUACUACAAGGAAGCAAUGCGAGCUGGAAAUCCAACUGAAAAACAAUCCAAGGCGCCUCGUCCGAAGCUCCCACAAGUUUUUGAUUUCCAAUUCUAUCCUCGUCGUCUAUUUGAACUUUUGGACAAAGAGAUUUAUCAUUAUCGCAAGACAAUCGGAUAUGUGGCUGAAAGACCGAAGGAUGUUCCACCGAAAGAGGCUGAAAAACGACAGGCCGAGGAGCAGAAACUGAUAAACAAUGCUCGACCAUUGACUGACAAGGAACAAGAAGAAAAAGCUGAGCUUUUGACUCAGUCUGUCACAGACUGGACAAAACGCGAGUUCCAACAGUUUGUUAGAGGAAAUGAAAAGUAUGGUCGUGAAGAUUUGGAGAGUAUCGCGAAGGAAAUGGAACGUCCACUUGAAGAGAUUCAAUCUUACGCUAAAGUUUUCUGGGAACGUAUCGAAGAGCUUCAGGACUCUGAAAAAGUGCUCAGUCAAAUUGAGAAGGGCGAGGCACGAAUUCAACGAAAAUAUGCUGUGAAGAAGGCGCUUGACGCUAAAAUAGCAAAGUACAAGGCUCCGUUUCAACAGUUGCGUAUUUCCUAUGGUACAAAUAAAGGAAAAACGUACACCGAAGAAGAGGAUCGAUUCCUGGUUUGUGAGACUCAUCGAUUGGGACAUGAUAAGGAAAAUGUGUUCGAAGAGCUGCGUCAGUCUGUUCGCAUGGCACCACAAUUCAGAUUUGAUUGGUUCCUGAAGAGUCGUACAGCAAUGGAGCUUCAACGCCGUUGCAAUACUCUUAUUACUUUGAUAGAACGUGAAAUGGGAGAAGUUGUGGAGUCAAAGCCUGUCAUCGUGACCGCUGCCGAUAAGAAGAAAUCUGUCGCUAAGGACCUGUCAAAGAGUAGUGGAACUCCAACUGCUAAGAAAGUCAAAGCUACUCCUAAAUAAUUACAUUCAUAUAUUCUUUUUAUCUCCUUCUCCAUUCAUUGCUUGAUUAAUGUCGAUCUCUAUCCUCCCUUUGAUUACUGCUAAAUCAUCUCAUCUCUCAUCUUAUCUCCUCAUUUCUAUUUGAGUAUUUCUAAGCACACCUACCUAUGCUAUUUAUUCACCGUAUCUUCUUUUUAUAUCUUAUUAAUGAUUGUAAAUUACUCAAAUAAACUCGGAGUCUUGAAAAAA